CUGCUGGGCAGGAUUCCGGACAACGCCUGGUUCCUCUCGGGUCCUUCCGGCGUCGCCGGAGUGAAUUGAUCCGGGAGUUGAAGAGGGCUCCAAAGGUGGGAAGUGAAGUCUGUGCCUCAGUUGCCGAUUGCUGUUCUUUUUUUGUGUACCAUUCUUUAUCAUACAUACAUAGAAAAGGAAGAAAUUCUGCAGUGAAUGAAGAUUCCUUUGCAUUUAGCAUUGCUUUUUCUACUGUAGUUGGCUUUUGAAUGAGGAUGACAAUGGAAGAGAUGAAGAAUGAAGCUGAGACCACUUCCAUGGUUUCUAUGCCUCUCUAUGCAGUUAUGUAUCCUGUGUUUAAUGAGCUAGAACGAGUAAAUUUGUCUGCAGCUCAGACUCUGAGAGCUGCUUUCAUUAAGGCUGAAAAGGAAAAUCCAGGCCUCACACAAGACAUCAUUAUGAAAAUAUUAGAGAAAAAAAGUGUAGAAGUUAACUUCACUGAGUCCCUUCUUCGUAUGGCAGCUGACGACGUAGAAGAGUACAUGAUUGAACGACCAGAGCCAGAAUUCCAGGAUCUAAAUGAAAAGGCACGGGCACUUAAACAGAUUCUCAGUAAGAUCCCAGAUGAGAUCAAUGACAGAGUGAGAUUUCUACAGACAAUCAAGGAUAUAGCUAGUGCAAUAAAAGAACUACUUGAUACAGUGAAUAAUGUCUUCAAGAAAUAUCAAUACCAGAAUCGCAGGGCACUUGAACACCAAAAGAAAGAAUUUGUAAAGUACUCCAAAAGUUUCAGUGACACUCUGAAGACGUAUUUUAAAGAUGGCAAGGCAAUAAAUGUGUUCAUAAGUGCCAACCGGCUAAUUCAUCAAACCAACUUGAUACUUCAGACCUUCAAAACUGUGGCCUGAAAGUUGUAUAUGUUAAGAGAUGUACUUCUCAGUGGCAGUAUUAAACUGCAUUUAUCUGUAAAUUUUAAAGUUUGACUGUAUAAAUUAUCAGUCCCUCAUGAAGGGAUCUAAUCCAGGAUGUUGAAUGGGAUUAUUGCCAUCUUACACCAUAUUUUUGUAAAAUGUAGCUUAAUCAUAAUCUCACACUGAAGAUUUUGCAUCACUUUUGCUAUUAUCAUUCUUUUAAGAAUUAUAAGCCAAAAGAAUUUACGCCUUAAUGUGUCAUUAUAUAACAUUCCUUACAAGAACUGUAAAUAUUGGUGUUUGUUUCUGACAUUUUAACUUGAAAGCGAUAUGCUGCAAGAUAAUGUAUUUAACAAUAUUUGGUGGCAAAUAUUCAAUAAAUAGUUUACAUCUGUUAAACAUUUCUUUACUUGAAAAAGAAGGAUGCAUAUAUAUAUGUCUGUGUAUAUAUGAUCAGAAGACCAAGACAACUUGGUCUAAUGUUAAAGAUCUUCUAAUGGGAGCUUACUAGCAGUUUAUCAAAGAAUAAAGCAACAAGAAUUCCUAUUUUUUUGUCCUUAAUCACUUUGGGCAAAAUGUAGUCAGUUAAAAUAGUUCUGUUAGUUGUUACAUAUAAAAGACUGGAUAUUUUUUCACUGUUUCUAAUCUUUAGAGACUUCUGAGAAGAGAGAGCAGUCUACAAUGUCUUUAUACUGUAAUGAUGCUUUCUGAACUGUGUGACAUUGUAGAUUUUGACUCCAAGAAAUUACUUCUGGUAUGCUAGUCCCUACUAAGCUUUGCACAUUGUCCCCAAAGUAGUCACAAUUAAUAAAAACUAUUCUAAUAGUUGUAUUGAGAUUUCAUCAGUGUUAAUAUAAUAUACACUCUUUAAAUAUGUAUUUGUUUCACACUAGAGAAGUUAUAAGUAAACUAUGUAUCUAAUAUUCAUUUUGAGUGAUUUGAAUAUUCAAUUAUAAUAAAGGGAAAUCAGGUUUUGUUCUUCUUUUAUAAAGAAAUUAAAUACUAAACUCAAUCUGUUGACAGUAUAUUUUGACUACAAUACAAUUUAGUUAUUUUUGUUUUAUUUUUAGAAAAUGAAUUUUAAAGAUUACUGUCAUUGAUAACAUAAAAUAACCCUGAUAAAUAUAAGUCAGUGUGUGAAAAGAAGCAAAGCCGAAAACAUAGAUAAUUGAUUGAACUCUUAUAACCUAUGAACGUGUUCCUAAUUUGAUUUGUCAUUCUUCAAAAGUGCAGAACUAUUAAACAUAAGUGGUAAUCUCUAGUAUUUUCAUCAAAAACUAUCAUUUAUUGUUGGGAAAUAUGAAGUCAAGUGUGUUAUUUGUAUAGAGGUUUUCUAACCAAAAAUACUAUCUCCCUUAUAUUUUCAUUCCUUCAUAGAAGUUGCCAGCCUUGUUUCUGUAAGUCUUCUCUCUUUAUAAGUCUUUUUCUACUACAUGUGGCUUCUGUUGUAGUGAAACACAUGUCCAUAAAAAGGGACAACUACGAGUGGCAGUUACUUCCAUAAAUCCUUCUAAAGCACCUAAGUUGAAUCGAUGAAAAGAGCCAGUGUCCAGGUGGCUUCUGAGGAGAGGCAUGGAAGGAAACUCACUGUCUUGCUGCGUUCUGUGUCAAAUACUAUUGAAAAUGCAUUCAUUUACUUUGAUCCCCUAAGGGUUCUAUAAUUUAAUCAAUUUCCUUAUAGUUGAAGAAACAGCGAGGUUAUAACAUAGCUAUCAGCUGGGAGCUGAACUUGCGUUUGUAUGUCCUAUAUGUUCUCCUCAUUGAUCUUUGUUCCAUUGCCAGAAAUAAUGUAAGAACCUGCUUCAUCAAA